AUGGCCGUAAUCAAGGCCCAAGCUGGUGAUGCACUCACUCGGACCUCCAAACGCCAUGCCCGCUCAGAUGACGGAGGCAGUAGUGGUGCUGGUGGAACUGGACAUAUUGUCAAUCAAUUAGCUCUUCCCAAGCUCAGAGGGAUCUUGACCCUUAUUCAAUCUGAAGAUGAUCGCACACCGUUUGCAAUGGCAAAGCUUGCUUCUGGGAAGGAGGUUGACCACACAUCACAUCUACAAGCAAUUCCUGGGACUGUGAAGAUCCUCUCACAUCAUCCUGUGAUGCAUAAGAAGGACACCAAUCUCUUGAUCACCUACUAUGCUGGUCCCCAUCUUCUGUGGUACUGCAGCACCUACCAGUACAGGUCCUCUCAAGUACCACCCCCCCUUCAGGUAGCCAAGGACCUCCUUGCAACAGUCCAGGCCAUACACGAUGCAGGUUUUGUGCAUCUUGAUAACAAACCUGCAAACAUCUGUGUACCUGAUGGCAUUCUGAGCAGUCCUGGCAUUGUUCUUAUUGACUUUGGAUCCUCAGAAAAGAUUCCUGGUCAUGUCCAUUACCCAUUUGGGACUGUUGGAUGGCUUGCCCCUGAAGCUGAAUGUGAACAAGAGGAUGUCGAUUUAUGUUUGGUAGAUGUCUGGGCUACUGAGAAGGUGCUUCUUUGCAUGUGCCAAGGUCUUCCACAGGAGGUCAAUGGGAUGUCUCUACUCAAAGAGGUUGGUGAGGCUUUGAGUGUGCCGACACCUGUGGAAAGGAUCUCACUGGUUGCAGCCAGGGAGAAGUUACUAGUACUUGAAGCUGGCCAUAUUGCUUGA